AGCACGAGCGCAACGAGACCCUAGCCACGCUCAAGUAUGCCUCUCUCACAAGAAACAUCAAGAAUUUGCCGAAGAGAAAUGUGAAGAAUACAAACGUUGGGAGUUCUCGGAGGGAUUCCCUUACGCGAGAAACAGCAUCCAGCAGCGCGCGAAGGAAUUCAGUCACACGGGGAGCAGGAACGGGUAACGACCGAAAGAGUUCCACACCGGCUAAUGGUCACUCACGAAAGAAAUCGGUCGAUCCUAAACAAUCCAACAACCACGAUGAACCGGGAUGGUACGAUAUGAAGAAUUUGCAAUCAAUGGUAAUCAGAUUGAGAGCCGAGAAUAAUGCACUGAGAGUUGCGCUUGUCACCGUUGAAAAUCGCACCUCCGUUUCCGGGCGGACACCGGGAAGGAGCACCCCGACGUUAACUUCUUCGGGUCGCAAUACACCCACCAAGCCUCGGCGACCCAUGUCACCACUUGCCACAUUCUCGACGCCAAAGAAUUCUUUGUCGCAUCAAAAUCAGGAACAUCUGGAAGAGAUUGAACAUCAGUACUUGCAAUUACGACAAUCAUACGCGGAGCUUUCUCUUAAAUACGGACAGACAUCUGCGGAACUCGCACUCUAUCAAGAUAACCGCGAACUGGCAUCCGCCUAUCCCGUCACUCCCCUCGGAACUUUACUCUCUGGUAGUCAUGACGGUGAAAGAAAUUUCACGUCAGUCGCCGAACCGAUCAUCCGAGAGUAUGAGAAAUCGAUUGCUUUGCUGGAGGAAAAACUCGUCAUCACACAAGCCGAACUCGAUCACUCGGAACAAAUGCUUAAGGAACACGUGGAAGCUUUGGAAGAAGCCGAGCGCACUCACGAACACAAUUUGAACACCGCCGCCAGUUUGCAAAAAUACAUCGUGGAGCUCGAGACCAAACUGGAAAAACGCGAAUCGGAAGCUAUGACACGUGAAGUUCGCAAUGAACAUCCGGAGAAAUUCAUUAGCGAGACUGUGCGAUUGUUGGAGCAACGGUUGCAAGAGAGCGAG